AUGCAACUACUCAUCGUUUUCUUAACCUUACUGGCAAUUUCCCUUGCUAAGUCAGUAAAUCUUCCAGGGCAUCAGACAACAUACUAUGGAUAUGCCUUGGAUAUGGAUGUUCUGGCAAAUUAUAACACCUUUACUUGCAUUAAAUCCUACGGCUACAGUACUGUAUUCAUAAGGGCUUACAAUCCAGCUGGCGUCGGCAGCUUCGACAUGAACGCUGUUGGCAAUAUUCGUAAUGCUUAUCAAGGCAAGCGUGCACACUAG